UCAUACUAUCAGCAGACCUUCUUGUCAAUGUACCGAAUGUAAGUGGAAGUGUCUGCUCAUGCCAGAUAGUUUGUGGUGAGUGACAUAUCUCUCCUGGUUUCCUCGAGAGCCUUCAAGGACCAGGAAGGGCGUGUAGUAGAACUCUUGUUCAUGCGAGUGAGGAAUCAGAGUGAAGCUCCUCCGACUCAAUUGCUUUUGCAUUGUAUCUUGAGGAACGAUGCCAUUUCCAGUGCUUUCUUCAAUCGAGUUAUUGAGCAACUCAGCCAUACGGCAUUUGCUUUGCAGUCCGCUGAGGACGACCACAGUGCGUUACCCAUUGAUUGCGUGAACGAGUAUGUCACGAAGUCCCCUGUUCCUUUGGUACAAACACAGCAACAUGUCCCAAAGAAAGACAUCGCCUACGUUGAGUCCUGCAUCUACACUGAAUACAUGACUUCCGUAUUCAAGACGUCCGACGCUGCUCAAAUUGGACCUGCAACUUCUCAAAAGCUUUUCGAAAUCGGACUAGUCUUGAUUGGUAAUUCAUCACGCGAGCUCUCUAUCGCAGCACGAGACAUGGUGUGUGUCUUGAUACCUCAUAUACCGCUUGUCGAUCAUGGAACUAUGCUUCUGAAUCGGAUCUACUACCUUCUGAGCUUAGUCCAACCAUCUCACUACGCGAACACGGCGGCCAGGGUAUGGUUUCAGUGGCUCUCCAAUACUGAAAAUGCCAUGGGUAGUUGCCUUCACGAUGCACUACUUUCGUCUGAGUAUUGGAGUCAUUUGCAGAAGAUAUUACGUCAAGGUUAUUCAGAAGAAAGAAAGUUUGCCCUUUCAGUCCUAAAACACUCUGUGGACCUCCUCGAUACUACCGUCACGACUCAGUCCAUGUAUUUUGAGUACGAGAACCGAGCCUGGAGCUGUAAAGAGUACGAAAAAUUCUGCAUUCUGUUCCAGACCAUCGUUCUUGGUCGCUACCAGAAUCAGGUCGAUGAAUGCUUGAUCGAUCUAGCAGCCUUGGUGGUAUCUGGCAAAGUGCAUAACACCUGGAUCCAGACCUUACUAAUGAGUGUGUUUCAUGGUGAUGUACAGGAGACUAUACGUAGAUCUGUAGGCAAUUGGUUUAUGGAUUUCGCUAAUGACAGUGCGCAGCACAUUAGUACAUACUACGAGUUCAUUCUGACCUCCUUUGUCCCGUGGGCAACCACGGGGACCUGGUUCACAACGUCCAUAGAGCUCAUGGAUCAGAAAGUAGUAUGCGUUCAUGGGAGACGCUUGUCAAGAUGCAUUGCAAAGGUGGUCGCUUCCAUUGCUGAGAGCGAAAGAGGCACAUUGAUAAAUGCACUCUUCAAGUACCUUGAGGCCAAAGGCGACAGCAUCUACCCGUUCGCUUCUGCCUAUGUAUUCGAAGGCAUAAGUGAUGGCAUCAAGACUGCAAGUGGUACCGGCAAUAAUGGUGUCGAUCUCGAGCUUGCAUGCAGAUUAACAACAAGAAGUGCCAAUCGAGAGAUUCCACGGGAUCUCAUGACAGUAUACUGCAUUCUUAUAAGGAAUUUCGCCAAAAUGAAGAAAGAUGGAACAUAUUCACACAGCAUCGAUACAACCCAAGAUGUGAUAGAGCGCUGGGCUGAAUUGAAAAUCGACGAAAUGAAGAGCUCCAUACGAUCAACGCAAGAAGAUCUCAAACGCCUAUUGCAAGCUCCAGACGCCGACUCAAAUCUUAUCUCUGAGAGUUCCAGACCUGUGGCCAGUACUCUCUCUCGGAUACAGCAUCAGAUCGUUGACUCAAAAUUCCGGUCUCUUCUAGGCUCUGGUCUAGUGACUACCUGUACCGAUUUGGAACUUCUUGUAGGAAGCAAUGAAGUUUCCAAAUGUUCAAUGGACGACCUCAUAUUCGUGAUCCAGGCAGUCUGGGAUGAGACAGAGACACAGGAUUAUCCAAAAGACGUAACAAUGAGGUUACCCUGUACGCUCUUAGAUCCCAAGAUCUUGCAACGAUCACUAGGUGAUGAAGCUGGGUCUUUGCUACGUCUCAUCAGUAAGGCUGUACAUCGCAUGUACCGUCUAUCCGAAAGCAGGAUUUACAUGCUCAGUCCUGUCAUGACUGCGAUUCGUCGUGCUGUUCUAGCCGUACCUUGCUGUGUUUCAGGAAUUAACAUCCCGACGAUUCUCAUUCGCUUCUCGAAAAAUCCUCCCUCGCCCAGUAUAGAAUCCCUCAUUGAGGUGUCCCUAGCGGACCAACUAUGCAAGCAUGUGCCACACCGCAAGUACGAGAGCUAUUACGGACGCCGUGAGGGGUUUGCAUAUGCCGCUGUAUUUGAUCUUGUAUCCAGAUUGACAUCGGAUGAACACAGCGAACUAAGAGUCACACUACACGAUGCUCUUUUAGAGCCUUGGAUGUCUCAAAAACUUCCGAUUCCAGUCGUCACUAAAUGGAAAAAGACUGAGCAACUGCAGAUGCUGCUAAUAUUGUCCUCUGCAUGUCUCGCAAGAUCCGAUUCGCGUGAAGGCCAGCAGCACCUAUCAGACUAUCUUCUUAUGUUGUCUUUAGAGCCACUUCCAAGAUUCCGUCAUCUGCUAGAAUGGAUCAUUCUGCGAAUCUUUCUAGCAAAGCCUGAUCUUAGAACAAAUCUACUAUCUCUCAUAAAAGAACAUGGAAACCCCAAGCAUGCUGCCUCACUGAUCAAGAUAGCUGUUAAGGUGGCUUGCUUCGACGACUCUACGCUAGACUUUGCUUCGAAGCUGUUAUCUCUCCUAGUGGCAUUCUCUGCUUCAUCUAAAGUCGCCAUUCGUAUUGAAGCCCAAUGGAGUAUCCACAUUCUGCGAGACCACAGUGAGAAAAAGAAAUGGACACAAAUCACGGACAAUCCAGCUAUAUUUGAACUAGACGCGUUUCUGCGUAGCCACGACAGGUUCAACGCCCCGAUUCCUUCUCGCAUUCUCGAAUCCUUCGACCCUAUACAAGACCACACGCUCAAUACACUCUUCUCUGGCACCUUCUUAGACAUUGAGCCCCGUGAGGCCCGCAAAAUCACCUACUCAGACUUCAAGGCACUCUACGAAGACGACACCAAAGACCCCUACCUCCGCUCCAUCCACCCACCGUCCAUGCCUCUGGAUGCACCUAUUCCCAACGCUACAACUACCAUCCAACCUGUUCUCACAGCAGAGCCAUCCCCUCCAUCUACAAACGUCACGGCUGACCCAACCCACGUCUUUGCACAAAAACCAAAUGUCCCCCUUCAAACCAAGGGCCUCGCUCUCUCGCACCCCUCCCUCACCUCAACUAGCAGUUCUCGUAACGCAUACCCACUCAUCCUCUGCGCCUCACUUAUCGAUAAUCCAUACAAUCUCGGCGGCCUCUCUCGCUGCGCAGAGAUUUUCUCUGCUUCGUCGCUUCUUCUCCCCUCCCUAUCUCACCUCGCCUCACCCCGCUUUACAUCUGUCGCUGUAACGUCCCACCUGCACAUUCCCAUUUCCCAGCUCACGCCAGUCGAGACGCCAGAGUACUUGCGUGCUAUGAAGAAAGAAGGUUACAAGAUUGUGGGCGUGGAGCAGACGGAUCAGAGCGUUGUGCUUGGGGAGCAGGGCGUGGUGCUGCCGAGGAAAUGCGUACUUGUUAUGGGCAGCGAGAAGGAGGGGAUCUCGAGUGCAGUACUGAUGGAAUGUGAUGUUUGUAUGGAGAUACGGCAGGAGGGGGUGACGAGGAGUUUGAACGUGCAGACGGCUGCGAGUGUGGUGUUGUUUGAGUAUCAGCGGCAGUGGUUUGGAAAGGGGAAGGCUUGGGAGGAGUGAUGCUGUUGUGCAGUAGGAGCAGAAAAGGAGUGGGUAUUUCGCUGAACUACAGGUA